GCAUACGAUGUGAGCUGUUGCCAAUAUUGAUCUAAGAGUUACCGCCGUCGCAGGACCAGUCGCAGGAGCGCGUUAGUUUAGCGUGUUCGUGUUUCCACCGUUCUGUCUUUCUUCGGCGCCUCCAAAUUCCCAUAAUGCCAAUUUAAAAGUGAAGUGUUGUACAUUUUAUUCGCUUUUUUCGCGCGGAUGAUGGACCACAACACACUCAUCCAUUCUAGGACGAAUUAUCCUUAAUUUUUUCACGCUUGAAUCGCCGCUCAUAAACGAUGAAAAAAUACUAGUGACGUACACCACCUGCAACACAAUAACGCGCACACCAAGGGAUUAACCAGAAUUUCAGCGCAGACUACGGUGAAAGGCUGCGCGAGGCAAAAUGGGAUGCUUCGGCAGCAAAGACAAGCUGUCCAAGGAAGAUAUGGAUUUUUUGAAAAGCCACACCCGUUAUGACGAAAGCACAAUAAAAGAAUGGUACAAAGGCUUUAAGCAAGACUGCCCAAAUGGACGUUUGACCCCAGCUAAAUUCGUAGACAUGUACAAGAUGUUCUUCCCGUCUGGAAAUGCCGAAGAGUUUUGUGAUCACGUUUUUCGAACUUUCGAUAUGGACAAAAACGGUUACAUCGACUUUAAGGAAUUCCUGUUGGCGAUCGAUGUAACGUCGAGCGGCACUCCAGAAGAAAAACUCAAAUGGGCUUUCCGUAUGUACGACGUGGAUGGGAAUGGUGUUAUAGACAUCCAGGAAAUGACUAAAAUCGUUCAGGCUAUUUACGACAUGUUGGGCGCCUGUUCGUCCAACCGCCCUGCGGAUUCCGCCGAAGAGCGGGCAAAGAACAUCUUCGCGAAAAUGGACGAGAACAACGACGGCCAACUCACCCAGGACGAGUUUCUCAAAGGAUGCUUGCAGGACGAAGAGCUGUCGAAAAUGCUAGCUCCUUAAUGUGCAGCAGCAGCGAUGCGAUUGAGCGCGGAAAUGUGUCUUAAGCUGAUGGAGGCGUUGAAGAGACUUUGUGCGAGCAACUCUUGUCAGACCACGGGUACAUUUUCAUAUACUUUCGAAUCGACGAAACCAUCCGAGAUUUGUAGUUGUGCAUGAGUUAACAACAUCGAUCACAGCUUUGUAUUUAUUGCCCCAUUGAUUUAGUCCAACCAUGGUACGUUUUAUUACGGAUUAAGAGGUGAAAGAAUUAAACGAGAACUAACUAACACGACAAUUAACCACGACCAAUAACUCUACAGGGUGUUUGAUUGAUGAGUGACAAUCCAUAUCGAUAUAUUUCUUACGCAAUUUUGAGCUGGAAGCAACACCCUGUCUAAAGACCAAGUCUUAAAUGAUAAAAGCUAAAGUCAAUUAUUUGUAAAAGGCGUAGAAGAGGUAGGUAGGUAGUGUGUAGCGCGAUCGAAGUUUGUCGUCAACCGCGUACUAGUUCGUGUUUCUCAUGAGAAUAAUUUCAUUGAUUUCGUUCGAAACUGCCAUAUAUUUUUGUACGUACGUACGUAGACUGUAAACCAGUUUGCGUGAUUUUAAUCCGUAAUAAGAGCAUGCCGCUUUCAAGCAUUUCGAACCAAUUUUUUUACAAACCGUUAAUUCAUAACUAUGUACUUAGAUAAUUCAACUAGAGCUUAGACAAAUCGCGUGCACAAUCCGCACAUUAUUAUAUCAGUUCAGGUCGAUUUAUAAAUGGGUGUUUACAAUAUGGAUGUAUUUACCAAUUUACCAUUUUAAGCAUAUCAUGAGUGUUACUUACUGUCCUGUGUAGUGACCCAUUUGACUAUUUUUUCCGAAUUGAAAUCGUUGGUGUGAGAAUGAGCGCGAACGUUGAACUUGUCGUUUUCUAGGUGUUAAUUGAUUGGCAUCCUCCUAAGCGAAUUUUUAUGUAAUCUAUCUAUUUGAAAAAAAUAUUUGCCUUUUGAUUAGGCGCUAAAUUACUGAGUCAAUUUUCUUGUAGCUGCAGUGUCGUCAAAAUAUUUUUUCCUAAUAUAACAUUAAAUAAAAAUAAUAAAUCAAGUGAAAAUUAAGUCCAAGGUGAGUCUACUAAAAGUAUUUUUUGUUGAAUAAUGUGUAUGUUUUUCUGAUUAAAAUUAAUCAAUUGAUAUUAAGUCACUGAAAAAUAAUUGUAAUCAAAUUUUCAUUUGUCUUUGAUUUGAUCUUUGCCAAAUAAAUACAGUAAAACUUCUCGACAACGGACACGAUGGGGAACAUGUCCGCUGUGGAGAGGUGUCCGCUAAUGGGAGGUGUUGCGUUCCUACAAAAAUGUCCGUUGUAAAGAGGUGUCCGUUAAGGGAGGUUUUACUGUAGUAAUUUAAGUCAAAUUACUUUUAUUAAUUUUUUUAAGUUAACGAUUUUGUACGAAAUGUUUGCACAAUACAACAUAAAUUCAUCGAUUUAUUAAUAAAAAAAAUUAGUGUCUUAAUUUUAGAUAAAUUAUUCGUUGUAGAUAAAUUUUGAAAAAAUCUCAUACACACAGAAAAAAUGUAUACUGAAUAGCAAAGACCUACAGAUUUCUGUGUGAUUAUUAUUAUUGUUGUUUGAAAUACAGUGAAAUAUGCUUUAGUCUCGCUUUUAGUAAACUCACACUGUACACCAGACCACCAAGAAUGUUUAAAUUGGCUAUAAAAUUUCUGCUAACUGAAGUAAGAAAAAAAAUAGUGCACUAUUAAAAGAUAUAAUAAUGUUGCCAAUUAUUAGAAGAAAAAUUUUCUAUUAAAAACAGUACUUUUCACGUAUUAUUUUUCAAUUUUUAUUUUUAAAUAUUUUCAAUACGUAAUAUUUAGAGAAAUUGUUUGCUAUGAAAUGAAAUUCAAAAAGAAAAAAUCGAUUUUUUACAAUGCAGGCAAUAUUUUAAGAUUUUUAAAUUUUAACUGUUUUUAACAGUUAAGUUUAAUUGCCAUUUACUUUGCAAAAAUCAAGUUAAUCUAUUUCAAUUAACUCUGCUCUAUAAAAUGUGAUCAAUUAAACUCAAUUAAACUCUUUUUUGGGCUAAUAACAAUUUUUUGCACAUAAAUUCCUCGAUUAAUUAAUAAAAAAAUUCAGUGACUUGACAUUAAUUAUUACAAACGCCUAUUUCAGUUUUAGUUGACAAUAAAACUUCUGCCAAUUGAAGUAAGAAAAAAAUAAGGGCACUAGAUGUGUUACUACAAUAUUUUAAGAAGCGAACGUUUUGCCAUUUAAUGAAAAAAAAUCCGUUAAAAAAUAAUCAUAAAUAUGCAAAAGUUAUAAUAAUGUUGCCAAUUAUUAUUACAAGUAAAAUUUUGUAUUAAAAAGUGAGUUCUUUUCACCACGCAAUACAUAACUGUUUGCUAUGAAAUAAAACACACAAUAUUUUAAGAUUUUUUAAUUUUAAGUGAUAAAAAAACAAACUGUCAGUGGUCAGUGGUCAGGAUGUAGCCUUUUUUUUUUUGAAUUAGACUGAAGGUGUAACAAAAAAGUUAAAGACUUACAAACAGCAAAUAAAAAAAGAUGAGAUGUUCCAAAGGCCAUUUAUUAAAAAGUUUGGAAUUUUUUACGUAUGUCAAAAAUUUUAAGUGAUAAAAAAAACUAAGUGAGAGGUUUAUCGAGAGCAAACCAAAAAAAUAUUCUGGACAAAGAAAAAACUAAUUGUAAGUGAUCAGGGUGUCGCUUUUUUUUUAAAUUAGAUUGAAGGUGGAACAAAAAAGUUAAGACUUACAACAGCUAACUUAAAAAAAAAAAGAAGAGAUGCUCCAAAGGCCAUUUACUAAAAAAUUUUGAAUGUUUAACAUUCAUCAAAAAGAUAUCGAAAAUAUGUAAAUUGUUAUAAUUCUAAUAAUAAAUUAAUAUAAGAAUUACAAUGAUUUGCUAAUUACAUAAUUACAAAUACUACCAGAAAUUUAAAGGAAAAAAAUUGAAUCAAUAUAAAACAGAGUGUUUAAAGAUUUUCGAAUUUUUACCAAUAAAAAAGUAUUCCGGGUGAUAAAAAAAUUAUUGAUAUUGGCAACAAAAAUAAAAAAAUUUUCGUACUACAAUUUGAAAACUAUUCUGUUAAAUAAACAAAGAAAAACAAUAGUUAAGAUUGAACAAUGUUUCGCUUUUUCUAGAUUGACUGAAGAGGUAACUAAAAAAGCUAAGAAACAAAAAUAAUUAGUUUUCUUUUGAUAAUUGCAGUAUUUUUCGAUAUAAGUAUUUACUAAAAAUACAGGGUGUUUAUUUUUGUUUAAAAAUGUUGUGGUUAAAGUUGGCAAUAAAACUUCUACUAAUAGUAAAGUAAGAAAAAAAGCGAAGCCACUACUGUAUCUACUCCAUUAAAUUAGUAUUUUUCCAAAGAGUUUUGCCAUUCACUUUUGAGCGCUUUAAAAUAGUUUGCUAUAAAAUCUAAAAGGAGAAAACCACAUUUUUUGCUAUACAAAUGAGAUUUUCUUUAUAAUUUUCAAUUUUUACUAAUAAAAGAAACGGAGAAAUUUGACAAGAGUGAGAUUUUGUAGCAUCAUAAUUAGCAAAACUUUUCCAUCAACUCAACAAAGAAAAAAUUAAUUACGUGUGGCUUUUUGCGACUGGCUUAAGAAAUAAUCAAACAAGUUAAAAACCUUAACAAGAGGAAAUUUGAAAAGAUAAAGAAUGAGCUAACAAAACUGCUGGAAACGUAAUAAAAAAAACGCAAAAGUUUAAAAGUUCGAAUAGUUUUCUCUAGAUAAUUGCAGUACUUCGUAUAAACGGUAUAUUUAAAAUACAGGGUUGUUUUAAAUGACUUUGGUGUUGUUAAUUGAUUUAUUCACCACCUAUUUAAUUUUUUAUAAAAAAUACUAAGCGUCGUAUUUUUAAAUUUUUAAUUUUUUGGUGUUUUUCUAAAUAAUUAACAUGGUGCUGAAUCGAGUGAUUCUUUUCUGUUUUAUAAUUAUUCACUUCAAGAAAAAUAAUUCUUGAAUGAAAGUACGCUAAUAACGAAACACCAAAUUUUAUACUUUUUUUUAGUCUUCGAUGUUUUAGAUAGAUUACAUAAAUUGGCUUAUUUGACGGUUAAGUAACCGGUUAAACACCACAAACACAAGCAUGGUUUUCAGCUAAGUUUGCAAAAAAAUCAAAGGCAGACAUAAACAUAAAAACUCAAACAUGAAAACCAAGCUGUACUUCCUUUGGGGACUGCGAUAAAACGAAAAACCUGAAGUAAACAUUUCCAGUAUCAGUGUUAAAAAAAUAAGAUUUUAUCGUAGAAUAAUACAAUUUUCUACUGAAGAUGUAUCACAAUUUGAGCUCGCGCAAACUAUUUUCAUGGGAAUUUUUUUUGUUUUCAAAAUAGCACAAUUUUACAAUGCCCUGUUGAAAAGAUCUUGUUUAGCUACAUGCUGCCUACGUUUUAGUUGAUAUCAAAAUAAUAAAAAAAAAAACUAAUAUCAAAGUAAUUAAAGAAAGGGUAUUUUCCAUCCAUGGAACGUCUUAGCUCCUGACUGAUUAAAAGAGAGUUGGGUACAUUAAUUUUUAAUUAACCAACUUUGAGUUAAUUGGUUGGAAGUUUCAGUGCAUAUCAAAUUGAAAUUGGGGACUGAACCGUUUAUAUCAUUUUCGAAGAAUUUUCAGAAACCUCUAGUCGUUGUAAUAAACAAUCAAAUUGAAAUUGCGUAGCGUAAUGUUGUAGGUAGAAUAAGAAAUUCACUUGUCUUGCUCUAACUGUAAAGGCACACUAGUGUAUGAAACUUUAUCAGCUCGGAUCUAUUCCAUUUCUGUUCACCAUUCCUCUCGUCAAGUGCUUGCACAUUUGAGGGCAAACAGCUGAGAAUCUUCCAAUGUAACCAAAUGUGUGAGUGCAUUUGUAAAAAGUUGCAAGUUUGUUCAUUCCAUUCGCUAGGUUACCAGUGCUUUAUUUUCUAGUUGGUGUUUGUGAGAGCUAAUUUUUCAAUGCUGGAAAAUUAGCUCGUGUCGCAGUUCGCAUAGGAAAUUGUCCUUCUAGUUGAUAACUAACUAAAAAUGCACUCUGUUUUUUGUGUUUUUCGCUCGGUUCUCUUACUUCAUGUUGAAACAACGUAUCAUCAUGGCAUAAGUAACAAAUGUGAUACAUCAUUUAGUGCAUAUUUGUGAAAGUGUUAGUUGAUUAUCUAUUAAUUAAUAUUUUUCUACUUGCACAUAUUGUAACAUAGGCAUAACAGACAUAUUACUCUAGAUGUUUAACGUAAGUUUGUAACGCAUGCAAGGGGUUGUGGAGCCUCUUGUGUGCGACAUAUAUUAUGUAGAUGGGUAUGAUAACGAAGCCAGGAGCCGCUCUCUACGUAAAAUUGAAUUAUUAACACUUAUUGAUGGCAGAUAUUCUUUGAAUUUUUAACACAAAAUAUUAUGACAAUUAAAUGAUAUACGUAUUAUUUGGCGAA